CUCUCAGACAGCUGCUGCCGGUGCGUGGGGAGCUGUCUGCCCCCGGUGGAGCGCGGAGAGGCGGAUGAGUAAAACUGGGAAACUAGAAACUAUACUAUCAGAAAUUUUAUCUUCUGUAUUCACAGCUGAUAAAAGAGACAGUGGGAUUCUGAUUUGUCAAAUUUUAUUGUGCUGACAAAGCAACAGGGAAAGAAUGCCAAGUUCCAAAAGUAACUUGAUGUUGUCAGGUGACAUUUCAAAUUUCAGGGAAAUGGCAAUUUCAGAUGAGAGCGAGCCUGUUGAAAAGAGUACAACAAGUCUGAUUGAGAACAAUGGCUAUCAAGACUCUGUAUACAUAAAUGCAGCUAAAAUUUUUCAAGGCAUUCGUAAUGAAAAGCCUCAGGAUAAAAUAUUGGUAAGGUAUGGUAAUGAACUAGUGCCAUCCCUACCAGAUUUUAAAGAUGAAUGUUCCCAGCGCUCAUCCUAUGAACUGGCGUUUAGUGCUCUGAAAUAUCAAGAUCUACUUGAAAAUAUAUUGUUAGAUAGCUGUUUUUACCCAUGUCAGUCAAUACCAGAUGAAUUGACCAGCUUAAUAGUUGUAAUGUUGUAUGACCUCCAAGAUCGAAAGUUUCAAGCCCGACAGAUUUCUGAUGAAGAGGAAUCAAUACCAGAAGUCAGAGAUGUAGAACGUUAUCUAUACAGUUUUAAGACCAAAUUGGCUGCUGCUCUAGCAAGAUGUCGAAUCAAACAUGAUGCUCUUUCAAUUGAAUAUAUUCUACCAGAAACUCUACGGAAACAGGAACAAAGAGCUUCUGCUUUACCUUUGUAUGCUUGGAUAAAUACAUUAAAAAGCAGCCUUGAAGACAUUUACAAAGAAUUGAAAAAAGAGGGAUUCACAAAAGUUGAAUCUGUGUCAGAUUUUGAAGGUUAUACUUAUUGUCUGGACAAGCACUGCCAUGAUGUACUGGUUUUUCCUGCCUCUCUCAAAGAAGAAAUACUUAACCUGGAACUUUUCACAGGUUACAAACUCAUCUUACAGGAUAAGUCUCGCAGCCUUGCUGUACAUUCUGUGAAGGCCUUAUUGAACAUGGAUGAUGACAUCAUAGUAGCUCAUAUAGGUUCACGGCUGACUGCUGCCCACAUGUCAGUGUUGUCAAAUCAGAGCACAUCCAAAGUUUUUGUAUGUGGUGUAAAAUCGCAGGCAAAGGAAGUUGAACUGAAGGAACUAUUCACACGCAUGGAAUGUGGAAAUAUUGAGCUACUACAUGAGGAUUUUACUGAGAUUGAACCAACAGAUCAAAGACUGCAAAAGGCUAAAGUUAUUCUGCUGCUACCUCGGUGCUCAGGAUUGGGUGUUAGUAAUCCAAUAGAAUUUAUUCUAAAUGAACAUGAAGAUGCAGGAUUGCUGAGAGACCUUUCUCAAGGAUCUGUAGCUGAAAAUAAACUCCAUAUUCUUGCUGAGACGCAACUUCAGGAGUUAAUGCAUGCAAUGCGAUUUAAUAAAGUGCAAGCUAUUGUCUAUUGCACUUGUUCAGUUUAUCCAGAAGAAAAUGAAGCAGUAGUGAACAAAGCACUGGAAUCUGGAGUGGAAGGAAGUAAAGUACAGCCUUAUAGGCUUAGUCCUCCUCUGUGGUGCAACUCAGAAAUAGAGGGCCCUUCUGAUAUUUUUUUCAAAAUGGAACCUUCAGAGAUUUCCAAUUGCUGUUUUUUAGCUGUUCUAGCAAGACAGAGGGAUCCAGCUGAAGUAAUGUCUGUAAAAGACAUUUUGGCUCGUGCUGCAGCAAAGGGACUACUAGAAGGUCUUGAUAUAGGGAAAUCAUCAAAGAGAGAAGAGAAGAGGAAGAAAAAAUCAAAAGUAACACAGCAAAGAAAUGUUCCUAAAGAUACUGGGGUACAAACAAACAUUGUGGAGUUCCUCAACCGAGAAAUGAUAGCUAUUAAUACUAAUUCUGAAGUUUCACCAAUUAAAGCAAUUAGUAGUGUUCCACAAAAAAAUGUGAAUCAAACAAACAGUUCCAUUCAAUUGAAGAAAAUUACCAAACCCAUCUCAAACUCAUCCCUGCCAGGAAUGCUGAAGAACACACCCAAUCUGUCAUCUAUGAGUAAGGUGUUUGAGAGACGGACACACAUUAGAAAGCCACGGGUAGAAGAUAAAAUGGUUGUAUUGAAACCUGUGGAGAUAGUUCUGCCUCCAGUAAUGGUGCCAUACUUCAAUCCACAAGGGAACAAAUCUCAAAUUUCGGCUCAACAUUACUACUAUCGCUGGAUUGGAAUAAAGAGCUCAGCACGUGACUUAUUUAUACCUUCUUUAUCAAAAAGAUUGGUCAAACCAAAAGAAACGUUACCUUCGACUAUGGUUAAGCAUCCUCGACCAUGGAUUUGAAAGUGGAUUUUUGUAACUGGUUCAUAGUUAUUUCUUCAAAGUUUGAAAUUAUAUUUCUAUAAUGCCAGGGUAUAUCUGUGCAGGCCACUACUUACCUUUAGGGAACAUUUAUAAUUAAUACUCUUUUCAUGGCUAUUAUGGAAAUAGCAGGGAGAUAUUUUGCAAAAGAGACUAUUAUGUAGUUGUUUCAGUCCAGCUAUUCAAUUUGGAAUGUCAAAAUGCACAUAAAGUAAUAACUACAGUAGCUUAUUCAAAUCCCUAGGGGGUGAGCUCAAAAGUUGUAUAGCUAAUUACUAAUCAGUAGAAUGUGACAUGUAGAAAAAAGGCAUGCUUCAAUAACCUUCUGUACAUAUUUGGGCAUACUUAAUUUUAAAAGUAAUCUUUGCACAUUUUGUUCAGUGGUCUAAAAGUUCACAUAGCAACAAUGAAAUUAUGGUUGUCUGAGCUUACAAUUUUCAGCUACCAUCUUGUUGAAAAGUAUUAUUUAUGACCACGGCAUAUCAGAGCGAAUCAUCAAAAUUGUUAGCCUGCCCAUUUUUUCUAAAAAUGGCUCUGUAUUAUUCACAUGCUUACAUUGUAUGUACUUGUGUUGAAAAUUUUGUGCACAGCUGGGGAGCACACGGAUGCCUCAGUUCAGUCAGAUGUGCUUUAAUAAGCAGCAGAGGAAAUUUUGUUUAAAAAAAUUGAAUAGAAAAUUUCAUUUUAAAACUAGACAGGUAUUUUGAUGCUAAAAUGAAUUCUGAAUUAUAAUCUCUGACAAGUCACAGUGCUGCCAUGGUUUAUAAAAAUCAUAAUUGUCAGCCUAAUGGCAGCUGGUAAAAGGAAGCUCAAAUGCUGCUUUUCAUGAAACUGCUGUCUAUUAGUGGUAACAAUUCAGAAAUCGUGAAAGUACUUAUUCUGCAUCCCUACAGGUGACAAAUGUCAAGCAAAAUAGGAACACUUAAUACCAAUAUUAUUCAUCUGAACAAUGACAGCAAGUUUUUGGUUUACAUUUAUAUGAUUUUAACAGUUUCUUUGGAAACAUCGGUGAUUGAGGGGGGAAAUGAUAAACAGCAUUUCUAGUUAUAUGUAAAGAUCAGGUUGCAAGUUAAACUAUAAAUCAUUUUAAACAGUAUACAUUAACUGUCAAUCAUUUCUAUCUGCGUUUAAUAUGUGGUUACAUCUUGCUAAAUAUAUUGAGAUGUCAAUCUAUUAAAAUACUUAACUUUUAUGAAUCUAGAAUUGUUUAUCACAUUCUCAGUAGUUUCAGUGUACCAACUUUUUUUUUUUAAGCAAGAUAAAAUAAGGUUCUCUUAACCAUAGGACAUCUUAACUCUGAAAUUUGAGUGGAACUUCAGAAAUUCCUUCCUGUUUGAAAUGAUUAGUGCAUAUUUGUAUGUAGAAUUGCUCUUACUGACUUGAGACAUUUAACCCAACUAGCAACUUAAUAAGUAUUAUGCAACAUAUUUUUGAAUAGGAUUGGUUUUAUUAACUUUCUUUUAAACCAGAAGUGUGUACUUCAUAAAUAUUAAAAGUAAGAUUUUUUUUUUCCUAUUUCACUUGGGUCCGUUGUAUUGGUACUUCUACUAAACUGUCCUAGUUCUCAAAUAAAAUAAAGUAAGAAGUAUUAUUGUGUGCACAUU